AUGCCGGCGCCAUUGGCGGAUGAACUCGUGGUGGGGGGACUGAAUCCCGUCGAGGGCAAAGUCGUUUCGGUCCCCUCCCACAAAGCCAUCAACGAGAAAGUUAGCAUCGAUCAAGCCGGCAUUGGAAAAGAAUUGGAAUCCGAAAUUCAAGCUGUGCCGGCCACUUUGCCAUCUGAGGACGGUAACCACGAAAAAGAUGACAACAGCGACGAUGCCAUCAUCGUCACCGGUGCCGACGCCGCCCGUUACUUACUGCCGCUGCGGGAUGACUUCGAUCCGGCAUUGACCUUUCGAAGCAUGGUUCUGGCAACAGGUCUCUCGGCUUUCCAAGCCGUCAUGAGCCAGAUUUACACAUUCAAACCAACCAGUGUCACCAUUUCCGGAACUUUCAUCGUUCUCAUUGGGUACUUUGUGGGCAAAGCAUGGGCAAAAUUCUUGCCACGCGGCGACAAACUCGAAGCCCGAUGGAGAGAAAACAAUCCCGAGGGAGAACUUCCUGCACAUAUCAAGGCCUUGAAAUUCAUCAAUCCGGGCCCUUGGGGACUGAAAGAGCAUGCGAUCUGCUCCAUCACUGCCACGUCUGCCUCCAACGCUUCCGCUAGUAUUCAGGUAUUUGCAGCACAAGAUCUCUUUUACGACUUGCCCCUGAGUGCGACAACUGUCGUCUUGACCGUCAUCUCCAUCGGCCUCUUUGGCUACGGUAUUUGCGGUGUAAUGCGUCCCAUCGCCGUAUGGCAUGUUGACGCUGUGUAUUGGAGUACACUUCCGACUGUCAAAACGCUUCAAGGACUUCAUUGGCAGGACUUGAAGAACUCCAAACCCCUUCGUUGGUUCUGGUACAGCUUUGCCGGAAUGUUUGUUUACGAGUUCUUCCCUGCAUACAUCUUUCCGUGGCUGAACUCGGUUUCCAUUCCCUGCCUCGCUGCGAUGAACACCACAGGCGCAAAGGGCGCCAUCCUCACAAAUCUUUUCGGGGGUUCUAUCAAUAAUGAAGGUCUGGGGCUGUUCACCUUGUCUUUUGACUGGCAAUACAUCACUUCUUUCUACACAUCCCUUCCUCUGACUCUGCAAAUUCACUCUGCCGUUGGAUACUUCAUCUGUUUUAUCGCAAUGAUCGGGAUCUACUACACAAACGCUUGGGAUGCAAAGUCGCAACCUUUCAUGUCGACACGGCUGCGGUCCGAGGAUGGGUCUGCGUAUCCCACUACAAAGGUUUUCUCUGGUGGUGUGCUCAACCAGAGCGCUCUGGCCAAAUAUGGCAUUCCCAGGCUUACAGGAAGUUUCGCGUACGCUAUGUUCAUGGCCAACGCCGCUAUUGGCGCCUUGGUUGCCCACUGCUUCUUCUUCUGGGGAGGAGACGUCAAGAAAUCGUACCAGAGUGCAAGGAGUGGGAGAUACGACGAUCGCCACCAUGAGCACAUGACCAAGCAUUACAAGGAAACGCCAUGGUGGUGGUAUGUUAUUGUGCUUGUCAUCAGCUUUGUUCUUGGUCUGGUCGUCGUCUGCACACAGAAUGUCACCCUUCCGGCAUGGGCAUACGUCGUAUCGUUGCUUCUCGGAAUCUUCAUUGCGCCGUUGAGCACCAUACUCUACUCUCGAUUCGGUAAUGGAAUUGCAACCAACAACUUAUCAAAGAUGCUGGCAGGUCUCAUCCUUCCUGAGCGUCCCAUUGGCAACAUGUAUUUUGCCGCUUGGUCGCACAACGUCAUCGCGAAUGCUGUUACUCUUUCCAACGAUUUGAAAAUGGGAGAAUACCUCAAAAUUCCUCCUCGAGUCAUGUUUAUCACUCAAAUUUAUGGCACCAUCAUCGGCGGUUUCAUCAACUAUGCUGUCAUGAUCUCGAUUGUGAAUAGCAACCGAGAACUCCUCGUCGACAGUGAUGGAAACAGUUCCUGGAGUGGUGCAACGAUGCAGUCAUAUAACACCAACGCCACAUCAUGGGCACUUGCCAAGUACUUGUACAAGACCGGUGGCAAGUACUCUCUCGUGCCGAUUGGUCUGGGUAUUGGCUUCGGCGCUGUCAUAAUCCAUCGCAUAAUUGCGCAUUUUGUUCCCAAGAUCCGCGGUUACUCUCUUUACGAAGUCAACUUGCCGCAGCUCUUCCAGUAUGCGGGCUACAUCCCAUACAAUCAGUCCCAGACUUGCGUGCUUUUUAGCUCGGUCCUCAGCGGAUUGUUCGUCCAAUUUUAUCUCCGCAACUACCGCCCCCGUAUCUUCAAGGACUACUCGUACCUUGUGACCGGCGCAUUCGAUGGAGCGAGUCUGACUGUACUUUUCAUCUUGUCUUUCGCAGUGUUCGGUGCCGGCGGUCCCUCCGUUCCUUUCCCGACUUGGUGGGGUAACAACGCGGACGGUAAUUAUGAUCAUUGCCCGUCAGCUGAGUAA